UCUCUGCCAAUCCCUCCACUGGCUUCCACUCAGUGCCCUCCACCCCUCUCUGCCAAUCCCUCCACUGGCCUCCACUCAGUGUCCUCCACCCCCCUCUGCCAAUCCAUUCCACUGGCCUCCACUCAGUGUCUUCCACCCCCCUCUGCCAAUCCCUCCACUGGCCUCCACUCAGUGUCCUCCACCCCUCUCUGCCAAUCCCUCCACUGGCCUCCACUCAGUGUCCUCCACCCCCCUCUGCCAAUCCCUCCACUGGCCUCCACUCAUGUCCUCCACCCCUCUCUGCCAAUCCCUCCACUGGCCUCCACUCAGUGUCCUCCACCCCCCUCUGCCAAUCCAUUCCACUGGCCUCCACUCAGUGUCCUCCACCCCCCUCUGCCAAUCCCUCCACUGGCCUCCACUCAGUGUCCUCCACCCCUCUCUGCCAAUCCCUCCACUGGCCUCCACUCAGUGUCCUCCACCCCUCUCUGCCAAUCCCUCCACUGGCCUCCACUCAGUGUCCUCCACCCCCCUUUACCAAUCACUCCACUGGCCUCCAUUCAGUGUCCUCCACCCCCCUCUGCCAAUCCCUCCACUGGCCUCCACUCACUGCCCUCCACCCCUCUCUGCCAAUCCCUCCACUGGCCUCCACUCAGUGUCCUCCACCCCUCUCUGCCAAUCCCUCCACUGGCCUCCACUCAGUGUCCUCCACCCCCCUCUGCCAAUCCCUCCACUGGCCUCCACUCAGUGCCCUCCACCCCCCUUUACCAAUCCCUCCACUGGCCUCCACUCAGUGCCCUCCACCCCUCUCUGCCAAUCCCUCCACUGGCUUCCACUCAGUGUCCUCCACCCCUCUCCACCAAUCCCUCCACUGGCUUCCGAUUGCGCAAC